AUGGAGCUAGUCAAAGGACUUCUCCACUCCAUCCGGGUGAAGGCAUCUAGUCGCCGUUUAUCAGAAUUAUUUCGCCUUGUGGAGCAGCAUUGUUAUUGGUUUAAGUGCCAACCUAAAGUACAAUUAAACUUAAAGGAAUGGAAAUUAAUACAGAAGGAAUUACAGCAACAGCAUCAGAAGAGUAACACAAUUCCUUUGAAAUUGUGGACUCUAUGUAGUGCUAUCACUCAAGCAGUUGCAUUGCUUUCUACAGAUAGUGAAACUAAAUCUACAAAACCUGAGGUGGUUUAUGAGGAAGUCCCUAACGAGAAACAAAAGGAAUCAGAUGCUGCCGCUUUAAAUGACGCUUCCGCGGCCGCUGCUUUGUAUUCCAGGGAUGGGGAAUCAGAUGCCGAAUCUGAUAGUUCUCCUGAGUCCUCCUCGUCGUCUGACGGGAACGACGGGAUGGAUAAAGUGACCCGACUUUUUCAACAAUGGUGGAAAACACAAAAUGAAGGAACAAAGAAGGAUCCUACUCCCACGGCCCCUCCCUAUGCUUCUCUUUUUCCGGUAUCUCAUGGGGCUCCAGAUAUAGGCCGAGAGGGGCGUUCCUUCUCAUUUCCCAUGUCCAUGUUCUAUGAUGAUGAUAUCCCUGUGCCCUCUGGUGGUUUCAUAGAUCCUCCACAAUUAUUUACAAUUCAACAGAAAGCAGCUCCCAACAAUAUGAUUAAUGUUCAAUAUUCGCCUUUUGAAUAUAAGUUUUUCAAGGACCUUAAAGCUGUUGUCGCUCAAUAUGGUCCCCAAUCCCCUUUUGUAUUAGCUAUGUUAGAUUCUGUAGGGAAAACAAAAUUGGUUCUUCCCCUGGAUUGGGAGGCCAUAGCCCAGGCUGUGCUUGAAGGAUCCCAAUGGUUGCAAUUAAGGAGUUGGUGGGAAGAAGCAGCCCGAAAGCAGGCUCAAAUUAAUGAGGGACAGAACCCUCCUGGUCCUCUAGAGGAUAAACUGAUGGGAGAGGGACAAUUUCGAGCCUUAAGAGAUCAGGCUCAAUAUUCUGACCAGGAUUUACAACAGGUGCGCCAAGUAUUUCUUAGGGCUUGGCGUCAUGUUGUACCUACUGGCCACGCUCAGCCUUCUUUCACAAAAACUUUACAAGGACCCAAUGAACCAUAUACUGAUUUUCUUGCUAGAUUGCAGGUGUCUGUUGAGUGGGCUGUUGGACGUGAUGAAAUCUUGGAGAUACUUUUGCAGACACUUGCUUUCGAAAAUGCAAACCCGUAA